AUGCCAACAGUUAUAGCCUUAGACGUCUCCCUGUCCAUGUCUCAGCCUGUUGUAUUGCCAGAUGUUACAGAGGAAUACCAAAGAAAACACCUGGCCAAUCAUGGAAUUAAUGCAUUUCUUGACUACCUCAGUAGCUUCUACAAGCUGGAGUUUGUAUCUCUAAUUGCCUUUAGUUACCUGUGGGAGCAGCUGUCAGCUUUCACAAGAGACUACAGUUUAAUUAGAGCAGCUCUCAACAAGGUGGAGGCAUUCAGCAAAACCUGCAUUGAAACCGCACUCAAUGGAAUUAAGACUGUUAUCUCAGAUGAAUGGAAUCAUUCUUCAUGUCAGCCUUGGUGUCGGGGCUGGGUCUUAGAUGUUGGAGAACAGGGCGGGGAACUUUUCACACUUGAUGGACCCAUCAGUUUUAAGUCAGUGGAAGAUGCCUUCAUUCGCCUAGCUGAAAAGUAUUACAGUCCUUUCUGCGGAACAUUAUCCUGUGGCAAUUUUGUAUGUCCAGUCCAUCUUUUCCCCAAACCAGAGCCAUAUAUUAGGCAAAUGGAUGAUGGCCUGGAAACACACACAGUGACAGACAAAUUAGAAAUUAUUGGUUUCAUUGAUAUUAAAGACAUUGGGAGCCCACCGACUGUGGCCCGACACCUGGUUUUACCAAAAUCAACGAAAGAUAGAGGAGCAGCAGACAAAGAUAAGGAAAACAAAAGUGGCAAGUCUGAGGAAGAAGAUGAGACUCUAGAUGAGGGCAAGACCCCAUCAUUUACUGUGCUACUGCAUGGGAGUCUGAAGGUGGAGAGUAUGGUUGCUGUAACAAGGGUUCAGGAAGACUGGUAUGGCAUGAUCUACUCCUGGGCUGACAGUAAGAAGAAGUCAAAUUUAAUGCUAGCUUUAUUUGAACCAGGUCAGAAUGCCAUUCCCUGGAUUGGGCCAUUUGACAAUCUGACCUCAUGCAAAGAAUACCUCCCAGAAGUGAUCUAUUCUGAUGAAGAAAAGAAAUCACCUUUUCCCGUCCGGCCUACAGAUAAGCGCAGCUAUGCACAAAGUUGCGUUGUGUGGAUUAAACCUUCAGGAUUACAGUCUGAUAUUCAAAAGGUGUUACGGCACGCUCGCAAGUUACCAGACAAGCUGCAGCAGUUUUACAAGGAACUGAAUCGCACCAGACGGGCUGCCCUGUCUUUUGGUUUUCUGGAACUUCUGGAGGCAAUGGCUGCCAUGUUGGAAAGAGAAUGCAGGCUGCUUCCUGGGACAGCUCAUCCCGAUGCAGCCCUACAGCUUACCCACGCAGCAAGUGCCCUGCGCUCGGAAGUGGCUCGUGACGUCACCAAGACAAUCAUGGCUCUGCAUACAAAUUUUGCCAGUGGAAGUAGUGCUUGA